CCGCGCGGGCCUGCCGCGCUGUCAUAUGACCGCGGCGCGGGGGCGAGCGGGGCCGUGUGGGAGCGCGCGGGUGCCCGACAGCCGCCGCCAGUGCCCGGCCCGACGCCGCCCGUGCCCCCGGCUCGCCCGCUGCCGCCGCCACCAUGCUGGCGCUGCUCUCCCGGCUGCUGGACUGGUUCCGCUCGCUCUUCUGGAAGGAGGAGAUGGAGCUCACGCUGGUGGGGCUGCAGUACUCGGGCAAGACCACCUUCGUCAACGUCAUCGCGUCAGGUCAGUUCAGUGAAGAUAUGAUUCCUACUGUGGGCUUCAACAUGCGGAAAGUUACAAAGGGUAAUGUUACAAUAAAGAUUUGGGAUAUAGGAGGGCAGCCACGAUUCCGAAGCAUGUGGGAACGAUAUUGCAGAGGAGUUAAUGCUAUUGUCUACAUGGUAGAUGCUGCAGAUCGUGAAAAAAUAGAAGCCUCUCGAAAUGAGCUGCACAAUCUUCUAGAUAAGCCCCAGUUACAAGGAAUCCCUGUUCUAGUACUUGGAAAUAAGAGAGACCUUCCUAAUGCUUUGGAUGAGAAACAGCUAAUUGAAAAGAUGAACCUUGCUGCUAUUCAGGACAGAGAAAUCUGCUGCUACUCAAUUUCUUGCAAAGAGAAAGAUAAUAUAGAUAUCACGCUUCAGUGGCUUAUUCAGCAUUCAAAAUCUAGAAGAAGCUGAAGUCUUCCUGGAAUCUCCAGUACCAGUUGGCCAUAAUCUCAAUUGUCCACUUCCCUCCAUCAUGAGAUAUUACCCAAAAAUCUCGUAUCAAGAAUCUGCCUUUUCACAGUUCAUUUCUCAUGUGCACUGCUGAAGACUUGUAUUCCUAUUCUGUCACCAAACAACUAGAGUUGUCAUGAUAAAGUCAGCACAAAUAUUUAUUUUACAACCAUCGAUGGUGGGAGGGUCGUGGGGGGGGCUUUUUAAGAAAAAUAUCUCUACCAUGUUAACUCUGAUGGUACACUCUGUUCUGGUUUUUCAGGGCCAGGUUUUUAUAUGAUUUUCAGCAAAUGUUUUAUUUCUAGUGUUUAGUGGCUUGAAGAUGCUGAUGCCUGACAGCAUUAAGAUUCUGUAAGACGCCACAUACAGUAGUUAGAAAACAUUUAAGCGUGAGUUGUGGGAUGCUCUUUGUCUCACAGAUGCUUGUGACGUGUGUGUGUAAGCAGAGAAAUGGAAACUGUUUGCAGAGGGGAGCACAAGGCAUAGAUCAGCAUCACCGAUCUGCAGCUGAGGUCUUACUCUGUCAUUUGAAAAAGAAAACUCUCAUGAUGAAUUAGGAAAGAGUCGACUGUUCAAAAUAAUUUUUGUUGCUUCUGUUUAACAUUUGUGUGGGGGAUGGGAAUGGACUGUUCUGUCGAGCUUUCAGAAAUUGGAGUAUUCCAGCAUGAAAACAAACUGCUAGGAACAUCAGACUUUGUUCAAAUACAUUUUUCUAUCUACAGAUGCUAAUGGUCUCUAUCUGAAACCAGAACACACAUUCUGAGCAGCUGCAUGACACUUAAAUUACUGGUGUUUUUGUACAGAGUCAGUUGUUGACCUUUAGCACAAUAUCUGUGUAACUGUCUAGUGUCUCUCCUGCUCAUGAAAUGGCUGGGCACAGUUUCACCUGGUGCUAUGGAGUAUCUAGGCUAUUGUGACAACUCUAGACCUGCCUGCUUUCUCGCUGUAACCACGUGCAAAGUCUGUAAGUUGCAGGAUGAAACGUUCUACUGUGUCAAAGCACAAGAGAGCCCACGAAUCGAUCCUGUUUCUUGACUAGCUCCUACAGUAUAGAGACGUAUGUAUCAACUAAAGGUGAUCAUGUUUUUGUAGCUUUACUUUCUCAAUGACUUCAGUAUAUUUCAAGGGACAGACUUGUUAAGACUGGUUUGUUCAUACAGUAAUGUCGGUGUAGCUUACUAGUGUAUGCAGACCCAUGGUACACCUGCUUGUGUUGCCUCACACUGUGUGUGAUCCUUCACCUCAACGUGGUGUUUGCAUCCUGUCAGUCUUGGGUUGGAAGCACUGUUUGGUCCGUAUCACUUGUGACGAGCUAGUUUUGAUUUCGACUGCCACAGCCUUACCGUUCCGUACCGACUGUCGCACUGUUGCACACACACUACAUGCUGCCUGCAUUCAGUCUGAACUUGCAUUUUAACUUUUUGUCCCCUUUCAGUUCUCUGAAGCAUGAUUUCAAUGAAUUCAUACUCUGGUGCUGUAGAGGAGAAGGGUGUAUGAACUUGCUACUGUAGUCCCUAGUUCACCGGGAACUGCUACAGUUACCUUUAUUUAGCAAACUUGCUUGUGCCUAAAAUAAGGAAACUUAACUAGAAUGUGUGAAUCUUUGUGGGGGACCAGGUCACUGUUUAGUUAACUGGCCUAUAGCUAAACUUGAUGUGUUUGGUGUUUAUAUACUUCACUGCUUGCAGCGUUUAUGGCAUCCAAACACUACCAAUUGUUAACCUGUGCAUUACUCUCUGCAUGUGAACAACUUAUACAAUUGCUGAACUUUGUAAAUAUGUGGAUUUUUUUAUUUAGGUGGAUGCAUAUAAUGGUUUACUGCCUCUUCAGCUUUACUCAAUAAACUUAUGUUUUGAGGGUUGUAUUGACACUUAACUGACUGACUUGAGUUGAUGUGGCUUAACUCAUGGAAAUACAUUAUGGGAUGUCUGCCUCCUCUCCCACAAGGUUACAGUGGGGGAAGAGGGCUUGGUAAAUACCUGAGCUGCUUUAUGUUCUGGAGCUCAGCUAUUCAACUGAAAUGCUUAUAAAACUACCUUUCAGGCUUGGGGCCUGCUCAGCUUACAGGAGCAAGCUUAGCUGGUCAGCCUCAGCAGACUGCAGUGUUGCUUUCUGUUCAGGAAAAGCACUGGUCAGCUGAAGGGUCUUGAGAAGGGACAGCCAGAAUCCUGGGGCUCUGUUUUCAGGAGUAAAAUGCAUGUGUCUACAAGCUUGUUUCUUGUCAUUGAGCCUAGAGUAAAACCUUUGCUGUUCUAGCAUGAGUGUCAGAUCUAGCAGUGCCUGAUACUCACUGCCAGUUGAAACAAGGAUUCUUAUCUCACUGCAAAGUGAGGCUUUCAUUGACUGAGGUCUUGAACAAACUCUGUCGUGAUUCUAAUCUGAAGUUGCACUGUUCUUCCCAAAUGCUUUGUUGCAUUAAUUUCUCUUGUGUCACUGAGUAACUUAUCAGACUGUAUGUGAACAUCUUCUGAGUAAUGAUAACAGAUUGGAUAUCUUCUAUUCUUGGCCUGCCUCCAUGUACGCUUUCAAACUUGGUGAGCUGUGACAGGUUAGUUUUUAGGCCCAAGUACUGGUCAGUUAGCAUCCUUCAGGUGUAACUGGGAUGGUGAGGAACACUAAUGAACUACAGAGUAAAAGAUCAGGUGCAUGUUUCCUCGGUUGACUGGAUUUCCUGCAUUUAAAAUGAGCUGCCUGGAGAUGACAUUCAUAGUAAAGUCUGAAAACAGUACUGCUGCUGUGAGAUUUGUCAGGCAGAUGGUCUAAUACCAGUACUAAUCACUUAAAUCAGCUGUGUGGUGGGAACUGGGCCAAUAGCUGUUUGCUUGCUUUGAGUAAUAGCUUGUGCUUCUGAAUGUAAAUAGCAAGGAGAGCUACACUGGCCACCUGAGAUGUGCUUGCUCUGAAAAGCACACUUGUAUUACUUCGUGAAGUGACUCCACCUAGGUUUUCACUGCUGUUCUUGUACAGUUCUUCCAGGUGCCUUUAGUCACUCAGGUGGCAGAAAUGUAGACCUUGAAGAGACUGCUGGAGUCCAGUGCAGAGCAUUACACUUCUCCUGUGUGAGGCCUUGGUUAACUUUCCAGCUACCUUCCUUUUGAAACCAAAGGGAAGUGUAGUAAGGCUUUCCAGAGAAGUGAGGCUGUUCUUUCAGCCUCAGACUGAAAAACUGCUGUCAUGGUUAAACCUUUUCUGAUCUAAUCAAGGUGUGGAGCCUAAGACAGGCAUUAGCACUGUUGACUGCUGAACUUGGAUGCUAUAGCUGUGCUCUGUUUCUAGAAAUCUAUUGGGCCAAUCUAAUCUCUCAUGAUGAUUACUUCUCUCGGGCCCUGUAGUGAGUCUGGACAGUACAAAGAGUCUGAUGAAAUUUCCCAUUCUCUUAACAAAAGUCGCUUUGGGGCAUGUGUUUUUAGAAACAUAAAUGAUGCCACUUUAAACAUCAGUAGCUGUAGUCCUGAAGCUCUCUUCUGGUGUCUCUGAGCACACCUUGACCAUUAGCAGAUUAAGAAAAGUGGGCCCUGUGAAAAGGCAAAUACUGAGCCAGAGAGAACUCUUUGUUGUCAGUGCAUGCAAGUCAGACCCCAGUCCUACGUUAGCACCUCAGGAUGUGUUGGCAUUGUAGGGCAUCCCAGUGAUUUAAAAUUGCUGUCAACUCUAAGCACUUGCUGGUUUUGCUGAGUGCAAGUGAUCACUCUGAUUGUAGAGCAGUGUGUCUCUAGACUGGACUGGGAAGAAAUGUUUGUGCUUACACCCACAGUGCUGAGCUGUGUGGAAGUUUCCCUUGAAGCAUUGAUGGUGUUAAUGUCCUAUCAACUUUAGAGUGGGUGGUGGCUGCUUCAAGUGCCAUUACAGUGCAGCAUAACUGUCAUCCUCACUUUGGGUACCCUGGAGUGAGUGUCUUAGCAGUUGCACAGAACAAUCCUGUCCUGCCACUUGGCAACGUGACAAAUGCAGAGAUACAGAGCUGUUCUAUGAUCUGUGAAGCUAAUCAUCUAGUUUGUUAUCAAUCUGUGUUUUCCCUUUGCAUCUUUAUGGAAACAGGUUGGAAAGACCUUUUUGGAUGCUGACAUAUAAAACUGCAUAGUCUUCACCUUCUGGUAGAAGAAAGGAGGCCAAAGAAAAUGCCUUAAACAGUUUCUCUGGUUAAAUUACUAUAGGAAUGUUGUGCAGGGAACUAUCAUAACUUGAAGUAUGACUUAGCUGGCUUACCAAGCUUUUAACUUUUCUAAGGUUUCAUUUCUAGUUCUUGUGGCUGUGCAAUGGCAUGUCAUGAUUUGCUUUGUGCCUGUUUACUCAAUGUGAAGGAAAUGCGCUUCCUCCCGGUAGCAUGCCCCAGCACUGCUCCCCCUGCCUCGCUUUGCACUGACCCUGCCCAGAGAGCGCUGUGGGGUGUGACUCAGGGUACACUGAGAGCACCAACAGCAAAGCCCUGAGUCGUGGUGAGGGAGAAGUAAUGUGUGAAUGCCCGAGGCUGGUAUGAGCAUCAGGGCUUUCGUUCCCAAAACCUGAGUGUAGAAUGACUUGUCUCACCAAAUCCUAAGCCUUGGAUGAGCAGCCUGUUGCUUUAGGACUCCAGAUGCUGAACGUUAGCGCUUGCCUUGGUGCAACAUCAGGGAAUCUGUUGUGCAUGUUGCUCAGAUGACAAACAGGAACGGCACUCGCGGGGGGGUGCAUGUACCCUUUGAAAGAAGGGAAGUGUUUGAUGUGCUUGUUUCCGUCACAGUGAAAGGUGGGUAAGUAGACCUUUGUGCCAGGAUUAGUGCCUUUUAAUUAUGACAUUGCAGGUUUUAUUCUGUUAAAGGCAACAUCUAUCAUUGUGAUAACUUUGAAGUGCUUCAAUAAAGUGUUGUUGAAAACCA